AUGCCCCACUCAACCUCAGUAACAUUGGAGGUAGACCCCAACAAGGACAUAGUGUGCCAGCUGUGUGGCGCCUGGUUCGAGACGCGGAAGGGCCUGUCCAGCCAUGCCCGAGCCCACCUGCGUCACUUUGGGGUGGAGUACUCGGAGUCCAAAGGUUCCCCCAUAGACCUCCUCAACCAGCUCAUUCACACUGAUGACUUCAAGCACAGAGCCAGCGCCCUGCAGCCUGAGGGGCCCCAGGGGCUCAGGGGCCUCACAGCCAGCCUCUCCUCCCCCAAACGCUCCCUCCUCACCACCUCCUCCACACCUCUCCUCUACAAGGUUACUACGAUGGGGGGCGGAUCUGGGUCCAAAGCUACCUCUUCCUCAGCUUCCUCAAUGUUUGGUUCGCCCUCCAAACGUCCCAAGUCCUCCAAAUUACAGGUCUUCCGUUUGAGUGGCGGGGAACUCACGCCCAUCCCCCACAGUGAACCAGUGAAGGAGAUCGGCUGUGAGUUCUGUGGGGAGUACUUUGAAAACCGUAAAGGUCUCUCCAGUCACGCGCGUUCCCACCUGCGCCAGAUGGGCAUCACAGAGUGGACAGUCAACGGUUCCCCCAUAGACACCCUGCGAGAACUGAUCACACGUCGAGGUCUACCAUGCGCCCUGCCCCUUAAGCCCCUAAAAUCUCCGCCCCCAUCCCCUGGACCCCCUCGCUCCCCCUUGUCCUCCCCUGCCUCGCCCAGCCUCCUGAGUCGCCUCCCUUUUGCCUUCGCCCACCCACCCAGCCACCAGUCCACAGUGCGUAAGAUGGGCUCAGCUCCACUGGCAUCCCCUAGCCUGAUAGUCAAGCUGAAGCCUGAGCCUAUGCAGCUGGAAGUCACCAUGCCAGGAGCGGUGGGGGGAGCAGCGGAAUACUCCUCUGAGCCACUGAAUUGCAGCUGGAGCAGCUCCGACAAUAUGCUCCCUCUUAACUUGGUCACAGCCCAUGAAGUAGAGCCCACUCGGGACAUCCGCUGUGAGUUCUGUGGGGAGUACUUUGAGAACCGUAAAGGUCUCUCCAGCCACGCCCGUUCCCACCUGCGCCAGAUGGGCAUCACAGAGUGGACAGUCAACGGCUCCCCCAUAGACACCCUGAGAGAACUCAUGCACAAGAAUGGGGGCACCUCGUCCCCAGCCCCGGGGCUGAAGAAGGAGACCAGCCAGGGGUCCAGCCCCACCUGGGAAGGCCUGGUGGGGGGCCUGGGUUACCAGUCACCCAAGUUCUCCCGCAAAUCCCCCCUCAACCUGCUGCACUCUGGCUCCCGGCUUCAUAAGCAUGGCCUGGGGGCGGUGGGCCUCUCCUCCACCCCUCCCGCCGGGAAGUUUUUUGCGGUGUCCCUGCUGGGUAAGAGACCCCUGACGGAGGAGGGCCGUCCAGUUGAGAGGUCACCAUCCCACCCCCAGUCCUUUUCGCCCCUGCCACAUGACCUCUCCAUCAAAGGGAAGUCCUCUCCAGACAAGAAUGCGGGAGGGCACCUGGAUGCCAGCUGUGAGCUAUGUGGGUUCUACUUUGAGAACCGCAAGGCGCUAGCUAGCCACGCGCGGGCCCACCUGCGUCAGUUUGGCGUGACAGAGUGGUGUGUGAACGGUUCGCCCAUCGAGACGCUGAGUGCCUGGAUGCGCAGCCGGCCCCACAGGGUGGUGGAGAUGCACCGCAGCUACAUGCAGGGCUCCAACCGCUCCACCUCCAAGAAGAAAAGCAGCCUGUCUCUCUCCCCAUCAUCCGACUCUGACCUCCUCCCCCCCAUGCCCUCCCAGAAGCAUUCCUCCUCCUCCCAGUGGGCGGCUCUGGGGCUGGCCCAGGCCAGACGGGUAGGCCGGGAGCUCACCCUGGCAUCACCCCGGGCAGCAGAGGGUGAUGCAGGUCUCACUCCCCCCUCCAGACCCAGCCACAGCAGUCACAGUCCCAGUCCCACCCGACUCUCCAACACCCUCCCUCCCCACACACAGGUGGCCCGCAGCGAGCUCAACGUGCGCCUGCCCAGAGGCUUUGAGCGGCGACCUCUUAAACACCCCUCCCACUCAGAGGGAGGAGAGAGGGACAGUGGAACCCCCAAGCCCCCUCGCACCGGCACCAUUCCUGCCCUGGUGCCCAAACCCCCUUCCACCCCCCUGGUCAAAGUGGUGGGAAAGAUCUACUCCCUCAGGUGCCGGUUCUGUGAGGUGGAGUUCCAGGGUCCUCUCUCUGUGCAGGAGGACUGGAUCCGCCACCUCCAGCAGCACAUUCUCAACCUCAACUACAACAAGCCUGCUCCCUCUGCCACGGACCCCCCAGUCCAAGACCACAACCCAACCCCAACCUCAACCUCAGUCCCAGCCACUACCUCCAGCUUCACCACAUCUCCUGCCCCCACCUCAACCCUACCCUCCAUCCACACCCACACCACAGCUCCUACUGUUCCCCCUCCUUGCAGCCCCUCUCCUCCACCAAUGGCUGAGUCUGAUCCAAUUGUCACUGCCACUCCAAUGGCAACAGCCUCAGCAGAGUCCACCCUCACCCCGAUCCUGAUCCCCACCCUGUCCUUAUAACCCCCAGGUCCAUAACAAUCCACACAUUCUUCUAAUCAUUUUGUUCUGCCACGUCUUUGCCAUGCCUUUUUUCCAUCCACUUGUUCCUUUGGCCUCAACACUGGGGACCUGUUGUUGAAGUGUUUUGAAGAGAAGCUUUCCCCCAACGAGCUCUCUCAACCCCCAGCCUCUCCUAGGAAGCUCUGCAGAUGGUUACAAAGCCCCAUUGCCAUGGGAACCCAAACUCUCCUGACCAGAGUGGGUGAUUGCAACUGUCUAGGGCUUUGGGGUCUGCUGUUUCUUCUUUGUUUGAGCUGAAUGUUCAGUUUGUAACGUGGACAGUUACACUUCCUGCCGCUCAGUGGUUAACCGAGAGGUUAACUUAAACCAUAUUGAACUUUGACUUAUCUCCUUGCUCUAAACAGUGCUUUAUAAAGACCUGAGAGGCUCCGCCCAUUUAUAUUUGAAGCACUUAAUUAAGAGGAGCACACUCAUGGCUCCUGCUAUACUCACCGCAACAACAUUUUAAAAGGAGUUUUAAUAAUGUUAUUGUAUACAUGCUUAGUCUAUGGUACAGACUUAAAAAGCCCAUUUACACAUUCUUUUGAUAAGGCAAUUUUAAAGUAGACAAUGCCACAGAGCACUUACAUAAGUGCCCCAUUGAUUAGGGCAGUGAUGAUGAGGAAAAGGCCCCUUUGAGAGAAAAGGAAGGACCCUGCAGAGGAUGCAGCACCUUGAAGGGACGUCCCAUUCACCUUAGAGUUAGGCUGACAGGUGCAGUCACACAGUAACUCUUAAUGUUUUCUGAAUGUAGUUAAAGGGAUAGUUCACCCAAAUUACAUAUUGGUUUCCUUACCCUGCAAGCAGUCUAUGGACAAGGUAUCACAGCAAUCUAUGCUGUGGUUUUGUUUCAUUGGCACCGUUUCCAAAUGCUGUGGCACAAAUCCCAUUUAAGUCAUGGGUAUAAGAUAUUAGCAUUUUUCAAACAUCAUGCCCAAAUCAUUUGAAAGUGUCUACAAUUGAUUGUAAAGCACAACAAAGUCACUUAUAGAUGAUUGCUGAUAUCAGUCCCAUGGGAUUUGUGCCACAAAUGCUAAAACAUUAGCAUUUGAAAACAGUGCCAGGGAAACUAAACCAAAGCAUGGAUUGCUGUCAUACCUUAUCUAUAGACUGUUUACAGGGUAAGGAAACCAAUGUGUCAUUUGGGUGAACUAUCCUUUUUAAUGCACUUAUUAUUUGAGAUGACUGUGUCAUAUUAAAUUAGACCGGUCAUUAUGUUAUUCCAUAGUUUGAUGUCCCUAACACUGUUUAGCUAACGGCAUUUAAGCUCUUGAUGAAACUCCUCUGUUCUUUAGAUGAAAGGGUCCAUAGAAGUAUUGACGGUCACUUUUUCAAGUUUCAAUGCGGACACACAUACAAAUGUUGCCAUUUCUUUCUUGCCUUGUCAAUGAAACCCAAAACCUUGGUUGUUAUUUAUUACACAUUUGAAUGUGGUGAACUAGGUUGUUUUUAGGCUCAAUUAGAACAUUGGAAUGUUUGAAAUUAGGCCAGUGACACUUUUAUCUAAGUGCAUAAGCUAUGUGUGUUUGUUAGUUUGUGUAUGUGUGGUUUUUUUGCACAAGAGGUGCAUGUGUAUGUCUUUCUAUGACUUAAAUGCUAGACAGAGGUCAACAGUAGCUAACACACAGGACCUCUCCGUAGCUAAAAUCUAGCUAAUCAUGGGAUCUGGUCUAUUUUUCAGUCUGAUCAGGACUUGACUGCAUCUGCCAUUCUCCUAAGGAUGUGCCAAAGAGUGUGUUUACUCCCUGGUCUCGCCUCUGUAAGCUGUUUACAUGGGACCUGUUCGUAGGGAGGAGCUCUGCACAGCUACGGAGCAACCAAGGCUCCUCAUUGGACGAGGGACAUGUAUCGGUGUACAUCUGGAUCCAGUGACUCCCAGUAUGUGAACCACAGAGUUGACUGACUGUUGCAGUGACAUACAUAAGCGGCCUUGGCUUCAUGGAACUGUUACACUACUGCAUUAUUGCACCCAGUACACGGACGCCCACAGAGGUUGCUAUCUGUCAGAGCUCUGUGAAGUAUUGGUGCCCUUAAAUCUAGACGCAUUACAUAUGGCCUCUGGUGGAACAGCUUCUAAACUGGGGCGACGCUGUCACUCCAGCGUGUCUUCACAUUGCUUCAGGUAAGUGUUUAUAUCGCCUGCAAAGUGACGCAAUAACUGAAGAGUCCAUACGGAAAUUAACUUUUCAAGUUUGUUCCAGCAUUAAACUAUGUCGAAAAUAUGACUGUUUGACCCUAACAAUCCCCCAUACCUUUUAUGGAAUAUAGAUACGUAUAUAUAACUACAUGUACUUAUGAAACUGUCGAUGCUAUUAGAGCUAUUAACAGUUCUAUUAACAGCUAGUUACAAAACAAAAGGAUCUUGAUUCCUUUUAUCGUGAUUUAGUUUCAACCUUCUAUGACAUGUCUUUUUAUUGCUCUGUGCAUUUGUGUAUUUGCAGUCCAGGAGGUGAAACCUUGAUGAGUAUUUUUUAUUUUCUUUGUUAGCUAGUUUCUCCAAGCUGAACAUUGGUGCUCAUGAGAAUGGGAUGGUGAGGAUGGGGAGUGACUGAAGACAGGAGAAAAUGAGUGAUUGUUGUGUCCUAAGAUCAGAGGACUCUAAAUACUUCAGUCUUUAAAGGGGACCACUUUUGCACGUUCAGAUUUUUCUCCACCAGUGAGUGUUCACAUCGUGAUAGGGUUAGCCUCUGGCAGGUUUGUGACUGUGUUACCGUGUAAGAUGAGUUUCCGCUGGUGUUACAACUAAGUCCCCUUUAAGAUUGCCUGUGUGUACCCCUCAGCUGGUAUGACUGGCUGCAGAGGGUUGGUGUGUGUGUGAAUGAGUGUGUGAGUGCCUGUGGAGAGCUAAGGCCAUGAUCUGAUGAUGAUAAUACAAAUAUUAAAGAAUUGUACUGUACACAAAGGGUUGAGGUUCAUGUGAAUCAGCUCCUGAACAAACAUUAAAUGUGAUUUCAA